GACCAGGGUUGGAGACCACUACUUUAGGGUCUUUCAGUGCACUUGUCCCUGGUUAUGGUUAUGCACCUUGUUGUACGUCGCUCUGGACAAGAGUAUCUGCCAAAUGCCUGUAAUGUAAUGUAAUCAGAGGGGUCCUGUUUUACUGCAUUUACCCUACUGAGGAUCACCUGCACUGCUUGGAGGCAGCACUGAAGAGCGGGGCUGAUGUGAACAACAUCUCCUACAAGGGGAAGCCCGUCCUGGUGCUGGCUUGUGAGAACGCUGAAGAAUGUGAGGAGAUGUGCAUUGAUCUCCUAGACAAAGGAGCAGAUCCAGACAAUGCUGAUGAGGAGACAGGUCGCACAGCCCUAAUGGAAGCAGCGAGGGUGGGAGCUGUGAGUCUGGUUCGGUCAAUCCUCCAGGAUUACGGCAAAGUCAACGACAUCGAUAACAAUAAGUGCCACGCUGCCCAUUUUGCUGCUCGCGGGGGCUUUCUAGAGGUGCUUCAGCUUCUCUCUGCAUAUUCGGCUGACCUGGGCAUGGUGUCAGCAGACGGGAACACGCCGCUGCACUUAGCAGCGACAAGCGGCUCUGCUGAAUGCUGCAGGUUUCUUGCCCAGAGAGGUUGUAACCCAAAAUUGAAGAAUGAGGAGGGUUUGAUUGCACGACUGAUUGCCAAAAACCUUGGCUACAAGGCAGCAAUGAAGGAGGUUAAGAAAGCCGAGACACUGUACGGGAAGUACGUUGAGGGCGGGGAGACCAACCCCAACGAGCUGUGGGCCCUGACUGUCCACGACUGGUCUUAUGAGCACGAGGAGAGCCUGCGCAAUUCCUUCGAAAUAGAGGAGGAAGGAGACGACGAGGAGUCGCAUGGCCCCAUGGACGCCAUCUGCAAGAACACCUUCCUGUCCGUCAUGACGGACAGCGGCGCUCCAGCCGAUGCCGAAAAGCUCGAGAAGAUCUUCGCCGCCCACGAUAAGAAGCGGACGGGCAAGAUGAACCUCAACGACUUCUUCAAGGGGCUGGAGUACCUCCAGAAGGCCUUUGUGGCAAUGUCCUACGGCCCCAAAAAGAAGAAGGCCGGCAAAGGGGGGAAGGGGAAAAAGAAGAAGGGGAAGUUUUUCAUGCCCUUCCCUAUAUGCGCCAUACCGCCCGACCAAGUCGAGCGGCGGAGCGAUGGCGGCCCGCCCCACUUCAUGAUCGAGAAGUACCACCACUUCACGGACCCCAACCGCUUCAGCCGCGACAGUCCCCCAGCCCACCCCAUCGUGGACGACUCGUUCUGGUACAUGAAGGAGCCUGAGAAGGCCUUCAUCAACAUAAACCACUGCGUGAAGAGGGGCGACCUGGAGUCGCUCAGCCUGGCCCUUUCCCAGGCCGUGCCUGUGGACGUCAAGGACCGCUUCUACAAGACACCCCUCAUGACCGCCUGCAGCAGCGGCAACUACGAGGUGGUUAAGUUCCUCAUUGGUCAAGGGGCUGAUGUGAACGCCAGUGACCAGUUCAAAUGGACCCCGCUGCACCACGCCUGCCAUGCAGGCCAGGUGAAGAUCAUCAGCCUGCUCAUCCGGUCGCGUGCAGACAUAAACGCGGUGGCCUUGAACGGGACCACACCACUCAUGAGGGCCAUCGAGAGCUGCCGGCCUGCAUGCGUGGAACAUCUCAUCAAUGCCGGCGCCAAUGUGGAUACCCAGAACAGCAAAGAGCAAAGUUGCUUGGACAUUGCAAAGGCCUACGGGGACUUGAGGAUAGUGAACUUGGUGGAAGUUAAGCUUCGUGAUUCUGAUUACGUCAAGGAAGACACGCCACAAGGAAAGCCAGCCGCUGCCAAAAAGAAACCUUCAUUAGAUGAGGCUUCUGCCUCCCCGCGCACUCUGACCCCUGAGCCUGUGGCAACAAAGCUUUUGCGGAAGGACAGCGUCAUAUUCCAGAAUGCCCGGAUUGCCAGUGGAGCUGUCGACAGGCAGGACAUCACCUACGUGCCCAAAAAACCGUGGGGCCCGCCUGUUCCAAAACAAGAGGGGCAAAGGAAGAUCCACCCAGGGAAAACAGACCUGAAGGAGGCCAGUACGUCGAAGCAAUAGAACGACACGCAGACUCAUGAGGACAACCUGGCAAAAUAGCAUUCUCACGCUCAGGGUCUCUCUUUCAGUCUACCAGGCUUUAUGCACAUUAUAUGGCUCAAGCUAAAAUAAUGGCAAUAGAGUGCCAGCUAGAAACCUGUCAGCCCCUUGUGUAAUGGAACAAUUGAAAGUAUUCCAAAGUUACCCUCGUGUAUAUGGACUGUAAUAUUCACUUUUUAAAUUUUUGGAAGCGGAUAUUUCUAGACAUUUACAGGGUUGGUAUAGGGUUCUGUGAUGUUUUACCGCCAGACUUCCUCCAGACGUGCAGUCACACCAUUAGUUUCUCCAGAGGUGAUACGGUUAAAAGAAUUAGUGGUGGGUUCGCCCAAAACGAUGUCAUAAUUUGAAACUAGAGGGAUGGUAAAGCACUUGAGCUGUCUCAUUAAAUCCCAUUGAAGCUGUGUAUCGGCACAUGUCUGAAGGUCUCACAGUGUAGUAAUGAGUUGUCAGGCUGAGUUGGGUAUUUUAAAAAUGUAUAAUGACAAACCAUUCUUGUUGUACCAUCAAAAGAUCAAGGCGACUGAGUAAUCAAUUUUUAAUAUAUUCACAUUUUUCUCCCAUUAGUCUCCUAUUUAGCCAAAGAUAAAUGAUCAGGCUUCGUUCACAGGAAGUCCCACCUGAGAGGUCAGAAGUUUCAUGUUUUAAACAUCCUCAUGUUUCCGGUUAUUUAAAUUUGUUUCAGUCUCUCAAUGUGCGGCAACUGAAUCUUGUUUACUUGUGUGAAAAUGCUGACUCAGACAAUGCUGUGAUUUGUAUCUGAAGAAGCGGUGAGCAGCUCGUUUUGGAGCCAAGUUUCUGUCUUUUGCAUAGGAAUCCGGUUUUCAUCGACAAUAAACCAGCCAGAACUGCUCAAGCUGUUCAGUUGCUUCACUGAUGGAGACAAAAGUUGGGGCCUGUAAAUCUGUUUCUUGAUGUCUUUUACUUCAAUGUGAAGUGUUUAACCAUCAUCUACUAAUCAAUUAUAGACAAGUAUUAGAGAAUACAAAUAUAAAUGUUGAAAACUGGAAAAUCAGAUUUUCUCGGCUUGUUGUUUUACAGUAACUGUCUAGAUGGUGUCCUGGUUUUGAACAUCCCAGGGUUGUUUGCUGCAUGCUCUGACCAGCUAUUCCAUGCAUUAAGAACAUGUCACUUAAAUUAAUU